GGGAGGGGAGGGGACACUGCAUUGGGACUGGAAGUGAGAAGCCAUAGAAGUAGGAGCUGAAUCUCUGUGAUUGAGGGGAUGGACUUGAGACCAAGCACAUACUGCAUCCUAUCUUUAAUCUCUUGAUCCCGUAUUGAUAUUUGAUUUGCUUGUAUAGGCUAAUACAGUAUAAUUUGUUGCUAGUGCAUUUUAGACUUUAGAAUCUAUAAGUGGAAUUGGUCAUGUUUCUUUUUCUGUUUUUAUCUUGUGACAGUUUCACAUAUGUAGCCCAAGCUAGCCUGUAAAUUCAGCGGUCCUUCCGCCUCAGCUUCCUGUUACAGGCUUGAAUUGUCUUUGUGCUAGGAAUUAUCCCAGGGCCUCUUGCAUACUAACUAAAGCACAUGUUUUCCCACUGGGCAGUACUGUCACCAAUUAGUCAUGUUUGUUAUGUGUUGUUGUUGGGAGGCCUGAAAAUCUUGCUGUGUAUGAACUGUCUCUAUGUUCUCUGUUUAGGUGUAGCUGAUAGGAUGAACCAAUAGGAAAACCUUCUCUUAUCACCUUUAUUUAAUGUGCCCUAUACAAAAUAGCAAUCUGCAGUAAUAGUGUUUCUUUUGAGCAGAGAACAAACUCUAUGUUCUGCAAAGUCCGAGAUACAAAAACCAUCUUUAUCUUGUUCUGUUUAGGGCACAGAGAUUCUGCUACAGUAAUAAGUUUGAGUGAUGUAAAUCUUGAUAGACCAGGACAUGGCACUUUUAGCAUGAAGCAGGGAAGGGUCUUUAACUGAGAGAAAAGAUGUAGACUGCUGAAGAGUGUGUUUGAGUUCCUCAAAGGAAGUUUGGAAUCUCAAACCACUCAAUUGAAGUUUGGGGAAGGUUUUAGUAUCUGUUGGGAUGGAGUCCAUAGUCCUUCCUCAUAAUCCACCAGCCACUUUACCAAGUAGGCUGGGCUGGCUGGCCACCAAGCUCCAGGGAUUACAAGCAUGUGUCACCAUACCCAGCUUUUUAAAUUGGAGUUCUAGGGACUGAACUCAGGCUCUUGUGUUUUCAGGGCUAACCAAGUCCUAAGAAACAUUUUAGUGGCAAAUUAUGGAAAGUUCUGAAUAGUUACUCAAACAUACAAGUGGAUAUCACUUUCUCCAUUGGUAAAGAUAACCGUGCUUACUAGUAAAAUAAACAGACAUUCUAGUAACAGUGUCAGAGUGGGAGAAAACAACCUGGCAGAUAUCCUGACCUAGUCUUGUCCUUUGGCAUUGCAGUUCCUCCUCUAGUGCCUGCUGUUAGAGGGAUGUGGGUGGUUUCAGCCAGGCCAGUCACAGUGCAGAGAUGAAAGUCCACUCCACAGUGCAAGACCCGCCUCUGUGACUUCCAGCUUCUUUCUAGCCCUUCUCAGAAAACAAUGAAAAGUCUAUGUGAAACAAAACUGGCUUUGUGUUGCUUGUUUUGUGGUUCUAAGGUUCAAACUCAAGGCUUCACAAAUGCAAGGUCACUGACUUACAUCUGCAGCCCCCAAAAGUGUUUGCUUUCAACUAAUUUUUUUGUACAUACAGUAUAUUUUGAUCACUUUUCUCCACCAACUCCACCCAGAUCCCCUCCACUUCCCUACAUAUUAAACUGUGUUUAUUCUUAUUCAUUCUCACUCAGGUUCUCCCUCUCUCCCUCUUCCCAUUUCUCACUCCAUCUAAACAAAGAAAAAAGGAAAAAACUCAGAAACAUCAAAAUAAGCAGACCAAUAAGACAACAAAAAGUCCACAAAAGUACCAUUCAUUUUGCGUAUGGGCGUGUGCAUGUGAGUAUGUGUGUAUGUGUAUGCUUGUAGUCACUCAAACACACACAACUGUGGUUUGGGGUUUUGUUCUGUUUUCUUCCUUUUACAGAGUCUCAGGGAUGGAACUUAGCUUGUCAGGCUUCUUAUCUGCUGAGCCCUCUGAUGAGCCAAGCAUUCUUAGAGUCUGUUUCUCAAGCACUCUCAUGUAAGCCUGUGUAUGUAAUUGACUGCCUGUGGGGGCACAAAAUGAUCUAAAAACAACCUAGCUGCUUCUGUACAUAAAUGGCAUAACCGUGAUACAUGGCUUAGUUACCCCAGAUUCCAUAUUUACCACACGGAGGGGAGGUGUAUUGAGUUCUCUCAAGCUAACCUCAUUGCAUUAGAGUGCCUGUCGAGGGCACUUGUGUGCUUCAGGACUGACAGUGCAAAAGCCCUAAACAAAUAUUGCCCAGUCUUUGGUAAAUCCCUCGAGGAGGGGUUUCUUAUGUUUAUGUUUUAGACAAGAUUUUGCUAUGUAGCCUUUGUGGUCUGGAACCUGCAACUCCUCUGCCUCCACUUUGAAGAACUGGAUGUGCUAUGAAGCACCUGGCUCCCAAUUCAGGUCUUGGUAUGUUUCUGACCGGGAUUCUCUCCAGCUUUUCUGAUUCUGGACAGAACCGCUGACUGCCACAUUUAAACACACUAUUUUCCCCACUCGGGCUAUAAAGCAGGCGGUUAGUGCAUGGAUCCUGUCCUGUAUCCUGUUUUUUACUCCCUGUGCUUCUCAUACUGAAUCCAUUGCUGUAUACUUAGCCGCUGUAUACUUUAACUCCCUUAGGAAAUGGUAGAGCCGUGGCUGCUGGGGUGAGGGGGAGCGCCCCACAUACGUAGAACUUAGUAAAAUGUAGUUAUUUAUUUAUGCAUGUCAUUUUAGUUACUUAUUUUUUUACUUCUUGAAAUUAAAGCAGGGCGUCAUUUAUUCUGUGUAGUGAGCACACCCACAGUAGAAGCUAGUAAAGUUUAGCCACGUACAAUAUUUUGUUUUAAUGUUUCUAAGACAGGCUCUUAUUAUAGUGUCACCUGGCCUGGGACAGUGGCCCUCGUGUUCCCUCCUCUCAAGCCCUGGGAUUAUAGGGUUGGCCCACUCCAUACAGCACCAUUCCUUUCUAAGAAUCGUGCACCUGUGUCUCAGGUGUAUCACAGUGCGUUCAUCUCUCUGAUACUGUGUUCGUGGUACUUGGGGUAGGGCCCAGAGCUCUGUACAUGCUAAAUAGACUGCCACCCAGCUUUGCCCCCUUCCCACCUGUCCUCUGCUUUGUCGGUUUAUGUGGUUUAUGUUUUGUUACUGCUCUUUGUUUGUUUACUUUUGAGACAGUAUCUCAUUUAGCCUAGGCUGGCCUCUACCUUUUCCCAUUCCCACUGCCUCUGCCUCCCGGGUGCUGGAUUGCAGGCAUCCAUGCAUCCAUGCAUCAUCUCUAUGCCCAUCUCUCUCCUGUGUUAAAAAUAACUAGGUGUUGUCAUUAUGGGUGCCCACAGUUUCUUAGCAUUACAAGCAAAUCUACAGUCUCUGUGUUUGCAGUUAUGUGUACAAACUUUGUGUACAAUCAUAUAUCUAUAGGGUAAGUUACUAGACACUAAAUGGUACUUCAAAGGAGUGUUUCUAUCUAUGGCUUUUGGUAAUAUUUCUAAAUAUUUCUCUAAGAAGGUCUGGAAGUAUAACUCCAAAUUCCUUUGUUAAAAGAGCUAAUUUAGGGUAGAUUAGUAUUUUUUGUUUGCUAUCUUUGAAUUACCAUCAGUAAUUAGGUAUAAUAGGUCUUCCUCUUAAAGGUAUAUUUUGUUAAUGAGCCUUAUUAAAUCUUAUUAUAAUAAGAUAGCAGUGCCCGGGGCUGGAGAGAUGGCUCAGUGGAUAAAGCAUUCGCCACAUGAGACUGGGAUUAGGAUUCCUAGCACCCAUGUGAAUGCCAAGUAGGUGUGGUGGCCUACCUGUAAUCCCAGUAACAAGGGAUGCCCAGGUCACGAUGGAUAGCUCACCUAGCUGAAUAGGCAAGCUGUGGGCUUCAGUGAGAGACUGUCUUCAUAUCACAGAGGAGAGCAAUUGAGAAAGACACCUGAAGAUGGCCUCUGGCCUCCACAAGCCUCCACCUCUGUCACCACACAAGGGAAUAUACACACCCAGCCAGCACAAGGGGAGGGGUGGUGCUGGUGCUGGUGCUGGUGGUAGUGGUGGUUGUCAUGGCAACAGCAGCAGCAAGCGGCAUGUCUCUGAGUUUGAAGACACACAUAGCCAGUGCUGUGUAGUGAGACUUUGUAUUCUGCCACCGCCCUCUCCUGCUCAAGGAGAGCUCUCCCAGAGCUCUAUGGUAAUGUGGGCUUGUAGUUUACAGGUCCUGCUUCAGGAGGCUGUGGAGGCAUGAAGAUCACUUGAGCCCAGCCUGACCAAUCUAUUGAGAUCCUUUCUCUGAAAAAAAGGACUUGCUACUUCACAAAGUAAUUACUAAAAUGUAGCCUGACAUUAGAUAUUCAGAACACAGUAGAGAGCACCAGUAGAAAAAAUUAUUUACAUAUGAACAGCUUUAACCUUGUUCCUGAUGAUAAAGUUUCCCGGAGCCUGAGUUCUACCUUAUCUAGCAGGCCCUGGUGCAGUGUUAACAUGCUGCCAUCCAGCUGCUCAGUUUAAAUGCUAGACUGGUUCUGUUUUUAAGUAAAAACACUUUUAUCGCAUUACCUUCCUUUUUAACAACAACAGCAGAAACUUUCAUAUUGUGUUACCGAGACUGGCCCACAUAGACUAAGUGACCUUCCUGCCUCAGAUUCUUAGUGGCUGAGACCACAUGGACCCUGUUAUACUUGCACAUUCCAGUUUUAUACUGGUCUUCAAUUUUUGGCAUGAUUUUACUCAAAUUUACCAAAAGCUGCCGGAAAAAUAUAAAGAAAAUGUAAAAGCCUCCUUCAGCCCCACUGGAGUAAAAUAUGCAUAAUGCAAGAGGUACCAUUUUAGUCGUGUUUUACUUACUGUUUGGUGACACAUUAUUGUGCACCCGUUUCCACCACGCACCACUCUUAGAACAGUUCUCAUUUAAACACUGGGACUCUGUCCAUUUGAGCAACAACAGCUUCCUAUCUGCCUUCCCCAGCUCCAGCAACCAAACUUCGUCUUUUCACUUUGUCUUGAAGUAGAGCAUCCGCCAGAGGUGUGCACACAUCACAGUGCAGUGCAGUCGGCAACAGGAAAGGAGUGGUCUAAGAGUUACGCUCAGAGUUCCUUCUUAGAUUGCAGAGCAGUUAGCUACCCGCUCUUAGCCGGCAUGCUUUCCCAGCUGGUUAAGUUCUGUGAACUAAAUGGUAUCAAGCUGAGAGAGCCGGCAAGGCUGUCACCCAUAGCAUAAUAAAGCCCUGUUCUGUGUGCGUGCGUCACAGGACUGUUUGCAUAAGGCUUAGUCAAGGCUUUGGGAACCGCCCUCCUUGCACCUUGUGCUAUAUUAGUGCUUCUCAGACAGGAAGAAUUUUCUUUUGCUGGUGCUGCUGCCGUACAUAGCUUGUCCGGUUACCUUCAGAAAGAUUGGAUAAGCACGAAAUGACUAAUCAGGAGUCUGCUGUCCGUUUGGAAAUGAUGCCAGAAUUUCAGAAAAGCUCAGUUCGUAUCAAGAACCCAACGAGAGUAGAAGAAAUUAUCUGUGGUCUCAUUAAAGGAGGCGCUGCCAAACUUCAGAUAAUAACCGACUUUGAUAUGACUCUAAGUAGGUUCUCCUACAAUGGGAAAAGAUGCCCAACAUGUCAUAAUAUCAUUGACAACUGUAAGCUCGUUACAGAUGAAUGUCGAAGAAAGUUACUGCAGCUAAAGGAGCAGUACUACGCUAUUGAGGUUGAUCCUGUUCUCACCGUGGAAGAGAAGUUCCCUUACAUGGUAGAAUGGUAUACCAAAUCGCAUGGUUUGCUUAUUGAACAAGGCAUACCAAAAGCUAAACUUAAAGAGAUUGUGGCUGACUCUGAUGUCAUGCUCAAGGAAGGAUAUGAGAAUUUCUUCGGUAAACUUCAACAGCACGGUAUCCCUGUGUUCAUAUUUUCGGCUGGUAUCGGUGACGUACUUGAAGAAGUUAUCCGGCAGGCUGGAGUUUAUCACUCAAACGUCAAAGUAGUGUCUAACUUCAUGGAUUUUGAUGAAAAUGGAGUGCUGAAAGGAUUCAAAGGAGAGCUAAUUCAUGUAUUCAACAAACAUGAUGGUGCCCUGAAGAAUACAGACUACUUCAGCCAACUGAAAGACAACAGCAACAUCAUUCUGCUGGGGGACUCCCAAGGAGACUUAAGGAUGGCCGAUGGUGUAGCCAACGUCGAACACAUUCUGAAAAUUGGUUAUCUGAAUGACAGAGUAGACGAGCUUUUAGAAAAAUACAUGGACUCUUAUGAUAUUGUUUUAGUAAAAGAAGAAUCACUGGAGGUUGUCAACUCUAUUUUACAGAAGACAUUAUAAACAAGCCACUGUGGAAGACUUCUCCCAGGGGUACACCUGAAUCAGGCAUUGUCCCUCUUGAGGAAAGACUCUUAUUUAUAAAACAGUCUUGCUCCUGGUUUCCCCCUUUCCCCCAACAAAGGAUCUUGAGUCGUGUGGAACCUGUGAACCGCAGCCCCUCUUCCGGCCUCCGUCACUGUACUCACCAGAUUUUUUUUAAAUAAUUAAAAAUGAUCUUAAGGCCAAGAUUAAAAGAAUAGCUCCCCUUUGCAAAGUGAAUUUUGGUUUGGUGUUCUGCAGUGUCCGGGCACUCCCAGGUGAGUGUGGAGGUGCACAGGACGCUGUCUAGGCACAUGGCGUCCUGAUUUUAACCACUGCUAGCUUCGUAAUUGGGGUGGACUGUGGCCGUAUCAGCUCCUGAAAUUGUGUUUUAUUUGGUUAUUUUGUCUGGAAAAAAUAUUUUCCAGGAAGUUGUAUCUGAAAACCUGUUGGUAUCCACAUCAUUAACAUUAUAAAUACUCUGUGUGAAGCACUGAAAAUAAACCCAAAAUGGAAAGCUUUUUUAAGA